GGAACGAUGGAGGCGGAGGGAAAAGAGCCCUGACUUGCCUCUAAUGCUGACGAAAGCAGCUUAGCCCUCCCAGUUACCAUAGAGACCGUCAUGAGCAGCUGCCAGAGAAAGAGAGAGCGAGAGAAAAGAACACCAACAGGCGAAAGCAGGAGGCAGAACCACAGAGAGCAAGAGCAAGAGAGAGAGAGAGAGAGAGAGAGAGAGAGAGAGAGAAAGAGAGAGUCGGAGUGUUGGAGUAAAGGACAAUAAAAGGAGUUUGAGAAAAUAGUGAAGCAGCCAUAAUGGAAAUACAGAUCAGUUGCAGCGAUCCACCUCCGUGCGACCCGCAGUCAUCCGGAAAGAUCAACAAAGCUGCCUUCAAACUGUUCGGCAAGCGCAGGUCUGGCAGCGGUAUGCCGAGCAUCUUCUCCUUCAGGAACAAAGGGGAUGCGACUGACAAGGAGCUUGUCAGAAGCAAAACCCACGAUGGCUUAACGACGACAGAUGAGCUGUCCGAGUUGGAAGGCCACGGGAAGGAAGAGUCAGCCAGCAAUGAUCGUCUGAAUAGUGCCGCUGCUGCUCCGGUGUGUAGUGCCAUCACCAAGUCUUUCAGUUUCUUCUCCUUGCUGCGACGCAAUAGCUCUCGCAUUAGUGACAGGACUGCUACGCUGGGGCAAAGAGGACGUGGGCUCAAGGGGCUGUUCAACAGCAUACGCUGGCGCCGCAAACCUCCAUCGCGUGACAAUUCAAUCGAAAUCCAGGACAUCCUGAAAGAAACCAAAGGAGUUGAUCUGAUCUUGUCCUGCAGCGCCAAACAUGUGGACGUAGAAAAUGUGGCACUUACACUGGAACCCCCGAUACAAAUCUUACCAGAAAAUGCUGUGACCUGGGAGAAACCAUCUCUGCAGGAUAGUAACGAGGAACGUGCGGAGAGCUCAUGUGUUCUGGAGCAACCAGUUGCUGAGGAGUCUCCAGCUCCGUCUCCAGUCACUGUUCAAACACAGGAAUCUCUCAGAGCCAAACAUGGCAGUCCAGCCCAUCUUGCUUCCAUGACACCUCCGCAGGAUCACAGCUCGGUUGACCCGCCCUCCGAGGAUCGCCUGAGCUCCAUGUUUAACGAUGUCACUUCGCUCAAAAGCUUUGAUUCAUUAACCGGUUGUGGAGACAUCAUCGCUGACCCAGAAGAGGACUCCGGGAAUGGAGGCAGCGCCACCAGCAGCGGAACGGGAAGCAGCAAUGGGGGGCUCCAGGUAAGCGCUGAGAGAUGUUCACCUGCUAAACCUCCCCUCCCUCCGCAAGUGACUGGUCUAAUAUCAAUGUCUGUGUACACACCGUCCCGUCAUCGGAUCUGUCCACCGACUAAAACUCCACAAGGCAGUGGGAUAGUGGCCUACAUGGGUGGAGGAGAGGAAAUGGCCAGUCCUGAAGGUGUGGAUGAUGCGGAUAUGCAAGGACUUUGGCACAUGCUCCCUCAGAAAGGGGAGGAUUCCCCAGCUCUACCUCACCUACCAACUCGGCAGGACAAAAGACCUCCUCAGGUAAAAAGUCUGGGGCUUAGUAAAAUUCCUGUAGGUGGAAGCAGCAGAGUAGGCAAGCAACAACAGCAGCAGCUGACUCGCCCUUCUCCUCCACCCAUCGUUAAAGAUCUCCAGGAUGUCCCACCCAGUGACGAGGGCUACUGGGACUCUCCGACACCGGGACCGGAGGACGAGGACAGCGGCUUCCUGCAGCGAGACGGCCUACCAAGAGAUAGCUGCUCAGGAGACGCACUUUAUGACCUCUACGACCUCGACAGUCCUGGCACCGUCGGCUCCGAUGACGACGACACGAUUUCACCUACACCUUCUACCGGAGACCUGAAAAUGACCCCGCCAUCUUGUUCUUCCUUCCGUUCCAUAAAGGGUAGCACAAGUCUUCCACGAGAGUCCAAGAUUCCCAUCAGCGUGAGGCAAAAGCCGCCUUCUCACUCUUCCAGCCAAGGGGCACUGUCCUCUCCGGUCAGCCCGACUUCGAACAACACUUCUGACCCUUCCUCAAAGACUAACACGCCGCCUCGCACUCGUAUUCCUGUCUCCAAGGUCCCUGUCCGUUCCUCAGGCAACAAAAACGCAAAGGUAGCACAAAACAGGAAGUAGAACUGAUCAGAAUUUAGUUCCAAGCCAAAAUGACUGUAUUUUGAUACAACUAACAAUUCCCACGGACCAGGACGACGAUGCACCUUGAAUUUUUUCUGCACUGAUGUAUUGUAACAUGUCACAUGUUCCACAUAACUGUGUAUGUAGGAAGGAAAUAUAACACAACUUCACUACCUAACUCGUGCAAAAAAAAGCGAUGAAUUUAAGAAUGUUUUGUAAAAAAAGAAAAUUGUUCAUCUAUCCCACUGGAGAUAAUCUUCAUCCAUCCUGGACCAGCAAGAACUGAGAGCCUUGAGAGUGAAGAGUCUUUGGCUCUACUUCACACAAAAAACCCCCACAAACCUUUGUGGAAACACAGCUGCAAACACCGUCCAUCUCUCUGGGAAUUACAAUAAAAUAGCCAGGAAAAGCACUCCGAAUCCCCCGGACACCAAACUCUCCUCAAUCAGGAUCAGGGAAUGCAAUCUUCAUUUGAGAUGCUCCUUUUUUUAAGCCGACAAAACCACUUCCUAAAAACAUCUUUUUUUAUACCUCGUGUUCUUCCUGACGUCUUUCGUACUCUUUUUCUACACGGAAAUCUUCACUGUGGACGUUCAUUUAUUCUGGGAUUUUAAAACACUGAGUCGGGCGCGUUAAAAAGAGAAAAGCGUCCUGAGCGUCGUCAUGCCGGCGGCGGCUUCCACGUCACUUUACUGUGCUGAAGAUCUGAAUGUAGCACGCCAUCACAAAUGUGUCCAGACGCUCACGUGCUCGCGAAGGAGAGAGGGAGAAAGACAAGCCUGAGGGGUCAAAGGUCAAGCAUCUAGCUGGCCUCAGGGACACUGUAGUGUCUCUGGAUUUUUGCUUUUGCAUUGAGGUUCAAACAAACAAACAAACAAACAUUAGCACAAUAACGUUGCCAUGAUUACUGAAUGUUUUUCUACUGUUAUUUUUCGAAUCGUUCGUUUUAGUGGUAACUUCCUUCCUGUUUUUCUUUUUUCCUUCUUUUUCUUACUCUGUCACUAAUUUAUGAAUAAAAACACGC